AUGGAUCGCAGUUUGGACGAAAUCAUCUCUGCGCGGCCUCAGAAACAGAGUCGUCGGGGACGAGGCAGUCGGAACACAAGCAAUGCUCCUCCACGCGAUGGUGUGAAAAAGUCAUAUCGCGACCGUGUUGAUCUGGAUCGUGAUUGGGUUCAUGAUCGUUUUGAUGAUGACAAUGGAGACUCCCGCUCUCACCGACGUGAUAACCGAGUCAGAAGAGACCGUGCUUCGCCGGAUAGUGAGCAACCAGCUCGAUUGCGCAUCGACAAUCUCCACUAUGACUUGACCGAAGAAGACCUCGAGGGUCUGUUUAGUGGAAUCGGACCAGUUUCACGAGUACGUAUCGACUAUGACCGUGCUGGCCGCUCGGAAGGAGUUGCCACUGUUACAUAUCAGUACCUGGAAGACGCCAAACAGGCUAUUCGGGAGUUUGACGGCGCCAAUGCCAAAGGCCAACCAAUUCGGUUGACUCUCUUGCGGGGAGGAGCUAAAGCAGAGAAACCAAAGAGUCUUUUUGAACGGAUCGAGCGGCCCCACGACAGGGCUGAGCGCAGCCUUAGCCCGGACGACGAGGGAGCCAAUAAUGCAGGUGGACGACGUCGUCGAGGCGGGCGUGGACGAGGAGGAGCCGGGCGUCGCAGCGAUGUCUCCAAACCUGCCCCAGAGCACAUUGACCGGUACGUGCCAGGUCAAGACUCGUCAAAUCGCCGAAACACAGGUCGUCGACCGGGUGAGCGUCGAGAUGAGAAACGCAAAGACGGAGGAGGAGGAGGUCGCCAAAAUGGUGCCCGACCCCGAAAAACGCAGGAGGAGCUCGACCAGGAAAUGGAUGAUUAUUGGGGAACUUCUGCCGCUACCGCUGGCGCUGGCGCUGAGACGGUCGUCACUGCACCGGCGACUACUACCACGAAUGAGCCAGCUGCAGCUGGUGACGAUGACAUUGACAUGAUUGAAUGA